AUGAUGGUACUUGUCAUUUGGCUGACGGUGCUCGUGGUAGCAUUCACUUUGUAUUUAAAGGAGAAAUACUCGAAAUUCAAAAGAAAAGGCGUGAAUGGACCAAAACCGAUCCCUAUUAUAGGAACCGGAUGGACUGUAUAUCUUGGCAAGGAACAUAUGGCUGAUUAUUUGAUUCGAAUGUAUCAGUCAUUUCCGAAUGAAAGAUUCUAUGGCAAUUUCGAAUUAUUGAAGCCGCUAGUGGUUGUGAGAGACAUCGAUUUAAUUAAACAGAUCACUACGAAAGAUUUUGAAUAUUUCCUGGAUCAUAGAUCAAUGGUGGAGCCCGACAUCGAUCCGUUAUUUGGAAGGAACCUUGUUACACUAAAAGGCCAGGAGUGGAAGGAUAUGAGGUCAAUGCUUAGUCCAAUGUUUACUAGCUCAAAAAUAAGAGUGAUGGUGCCUUUCAUGAUGGAAGUAGGAAAUCAGAUGAUCGAGUCACUCAAGAAGAAAAUCAAGGAAUCCAAUGAAAACUUCAUAGACGUGGAUAGUAAAGAUUUGACGUCCCGAUAUACUAACGACGUCAUUGCUUCUUGCGCCUUUGGACUGAAAGUCAACUCAAUGGUCGAUGAAGACAAUGAAUUCUUCAAGAUGGGGAAAAUCGUUACAAAUUUUACUCCGUGGAUGCUUCUUAAGGUGUUCUUUUACCUGAACAUGCCAGUGAUCAUGAGGAUUCUUAAAAUCAAAUUUUUACCAGAAGCUGCGUCCAAUUUCUUCAGGGGCAUUAUCAUGGGCACCAUGGAGGAUAGAGAGAAGAACAACAUAUUUAGACCAGACAUGAUCCACUUGAUGAUGCAAGCCAGAAAAGGUAGAUUAGAACACGAAGAAAAGUCUAAUUCAGAUCAGGACACAGGAUUUGCAACUGUAGAAGAAUCUGUUGUUGAAACAAAGACGAUUAAGAAAGAUUGGUCUGAGGAUGAUUUGGUGGCACAAGCGCUUCUGUUUUUCCUUGGGGGCUUCGACACUGUGUCUUUGGGGAUGGUUUUUGCAUUGCACGAGUUGGCAUUGAACCCAGAGGUGCAAGAUAAAUUGGUGGCAGAGAUUAGGGAGAAUGAAAUUAAAAACGAAGGAAAAUUUGAUUUCAAUUCGAUACAGAAAAUGGCGUAUAUGGAUAUGGUUGUGUCGGAAUCCCUCAGAUUAUGGACACCAGCUGUAAUAUUAGAUAGGAUAUGCACAAAGGAUUAUAAUUUGGGGAAACCCAAUGACUUGGCCACUCAAGAUUACAUAAUACGUAAAGGAGAAGGCGUCACGUUGGCCGCUUGGGCUAUACACAGAGAUCCCAAAUACUUUCCGAAUCCAACAAAGUUCGAUCCAGAAAGAUUCUCAGAAGAAAACAAGCAUAAGAUCGUACCUUUCUCGUAUAUGCCGUUUGGGUUAGGUCCUAGGAAUUGUAUAGCUUCUAGGUUCGCGCUGUGCGAGUUGAAAGUGAUGUUAUACCAAUUGUUGCUACAUUUUGAAAUAUCGCCUUGUGAGAAAACGUGUGUCCCCUCUCAGUUAGACCCCACCCGUUUCACUUUGUGCCUCAAAGGUGGAAGCUGGAUUCGUAUCAAGAUAAGAGAAUAAACACGGAGGAUAUUCAUCAGUUACCUAUGUUUUUCACAUUUAUCUUUUUUUUUUGUAUAAUAUAACGUAGGUUGAAAUGAUAUAAGAUAUAUUUUGUAUUUUUGCAUAUUAUUUUGUAAGGAUAAGGCUUUAAAGUGAUUUUUAAAAAGCUUUUUGUUUUACUAAUAAUAUAUUUAUUAAACCUUGGUAUUCUAAGCGUAUCCGAAAAAUGAUAACGUGAACUAAGUGGCAAAAUAGCUGUAAUUCUUAUAUUUGCUAAAACUGAAUUAUAAUUAUCGAAUUAUGAGUUUUUAGCGCCAAUAAAAAUAUUCCAGACAUGCAAAGUCAUGGAUGUAGC